AUGAGCGUUCAAAAAGCAGAUAACAUAAAGGCGGCUAUUCAAUGCAAUGAUGUUCAAACUGCCAUUGGUUUAAUUGAUGAAUUUUUGGCUUCAGGGUUUAACGUAGAUUCACCUUUGCCUUACAAUCCUAAAGGAUUUGAAAAUAAUUGAAGUCUGAUUUUUUGGGCGAGUCUGUGCCAAACUGAUGAAAUUUUAAGAUGCAUUGUGGAAAAACACCGUGGAAAUGUGAACGUAAGAGAUUCAUCUGGGUAUACCCCGCUGUUGCUGUGUGCUUUUCAUGGGAAAUUUCAAUGUGUAAAAUAUCUAGUUGAGCAUGGAGCUGAUAUUAAUGCAAGAAGCAAUUUUGGUGAGUCCUUAGAAGAGCUUGUACUAAGGAAGCCUCAAACUAGUGAUAAAGAUCUGGAACUGAGAGAAUAUGUUCAAAAACUUAUAAGAAAUACUUAA